UUGUUAAAGGCUUAUGAAAAUUUUGGUGAAAAAAUGCUGCUGCUGCAGUGCAGGCAUGGAGCCUCUUUUUCUAAACUAGAUAACUUGGUAUCAAACGGAAAAAUGAAGAUUCUCCUGGUCUUUCUAGGUCUGCUUGGUAAUUCUGUUGCUAUGCCAAUGCAAAUGCCCCGAAUGGCUGGAUUUAGUAGUAAAAGUGAAGAGAUGAUGCGGUACGGUCAAUUCCACUUUAUGAACUCCCCACAUAUGUCACAACUGGGUCCCUUGUAUGGAAAUGGCCUGCAACUCCCUCAGCCUUUCCCACAGUACCAGAUGCCCAUGUGGCUUCAGCCACCACCAAACACACGGCGUUCACAGAAAUCCUCAUAUCCCUCAGGACUCAAACGCCGCAGCCAGAUUGAUCAAGUCCAGGAGACUCCUAAACACGACCAACCUCAGCCAAAAAAGCCGCCACCAAAGCGGCCUUUAAAGCAGUCUCCACAAGACCCACCUCAGCCCACAGAGGAAACCCAGCCACCUCAGGCAUUCCCACCAUUCCAUAAUGGGCUAUUUCCCUACCAACAACCACCAUGGCAAGUUGCACAGAGGAUACCACCAGGUUAUGGACACCCACCAAACAGCAAUGAAGAAGGGGGACAUCCUUACUUUGGAUAUUUUGGAUAUCACGGAUUUGGGGGUCGCCCUCCUUAUUAUUCAGAAGAAAUGUUUGAACAAGAUUUUGAAAAACCGAAAGAAGAAGAUCCCCCUAAAACAGAGAGUCCAGCUACAGAUCCCACAGUUAAUUCAACUGCUCCUGAGACUAAUUCAACCCAAAAGAAUGUGCCUGGUUCUGGAGGGAGUCAGGGAGGAAAUGACACCACCCCAACAGGAAACAGUCAUGAUCUAAACCCGGGGAGCAACCAUACAGCUCAAAAUGGGGUCAUUUCUCACUCUACAGUUAAUGUUUCAAACCAGGGAGCAUCAAGAAUUCAAAUUCCAUGGGGACAAAUUCACCCAAAUAUUUAUGAAAAUUAUCCACAUCCUAGUGUCCAAGGUUCUCCUACAGGAAGACAAUGGCGUCCCACUGGUACUGCCAUGGGUCACAGACAGAAUGGGCCUUUUUACCGAAAUCAACAAGUUCACAGGGGUCCUCGGUGGAACUCCUUUACUUUGGAAGGCAAACAAGCAGCUCGUCCAGGAAAUCCAGCUUAUCGCAAAGCUUACCCUUCCAUUUCAAGAGGUAAUUCUUUCAAUUAUGCAGGAAACCCUGCAAAUUUCAGAAGAAAGCCUCAGUGGCCAAAUAAAUACCCUGUAGGAGCCAAUGUUGCCCCACUGGGAACCAAACAUGGUACCGUUGGCCUCAAUGAAAAAAUCCAAAAUCCAAGAGAGAAGCCAAUAGGUCAAAAAGAAAGAAUAGUUGUUCCUACACAGGAUCCAACUGGCCCCUGGAAAAACUCUCAAGAUUACGGAGUCGAUAAAGCAAAUUAUAAACUGCCUCGUUCUGAGGGAAACAUGCAAGUCCCAAGCUUUAAUUCCAUCGAUCAACAUGAAAACUCCUAUUACCCAAGAGAUUCCAGGAGAGUCCAAAAUUCUGAUGGACAAACUCAAAACCAGUAUUUGCCCAAAGGGAUUGUUUUAGAACCAAGAAGAAUCCCAUAUAAACCAGAAACUAAUCGACCAGAAUUAAACCACAGUACACAUCAUCCCAUAUACCCUGAGGAAAUUCCUUCUCCUGCAAGAGAACAUUUUCCUGCUGAAAGAAACCACUGGAAUGACCAAGAAAUCUCUCCAACUCUUGAGGAAGAUCCUAGAAGACAGGAAGGACCUUUGCCGCAUCCUUCCCAUGGCUCUAGAGGAAAUGUGUUCUACUCUGAAUAUAACCCCUACGAUCCCAGAGAAAACUCACCGUACCUUAGAAGCAAUACAUGGGAUGAGAGAGGUGAUUCUCCCAAUACCAUGAGGCAACCAGAAAAUCCACUGUACCCCGUGAAUACGCUAGACCAGAAAGAGACAAUCCCUUAUAAUCAAGAGGACCCCAAUGAUCCAACUGGAGAUGAACAUUUCCCAGGACCAGGUAGAUGGGGUAAGGAAGAGUCGAGCUUUAAAGGAAGCCCAACGGUUAGGCACUAUGAAGGCCAACAAUAUGCCUCAAAUCAGCCAAAAGAAUAUCUUCCCUAUUCCUUAGAUAAUCCUUCAAAACCCAGGGAGGAUUUUCCAUAUGGUGAAUUUUACCCCUGGGGCCCAGAUGAGAAUUUUGCAUCAUAUAAUACAGCUCCUACUAUACCACCACCUGUGGAGAGCAGGGGCUAUUAUGUUAAUAAUGCUGUUGGACAAGAAGAAAGUCCUCUAUUUCCUUCUUGGAACUCCUGGGACCACAGGAUUCAAGCUCAAGGACCAAAAGAAAGAGGGCCAUAUUUUAACAGAAAUUUCUGGGAUCAGACAACUAAUUUACACAAAGCACCAGCUACCCUACCAGACCAUAAAGAGAACCAGCCCUAUUCCAGUAACUCCCCAGCUUGGCUUCAGAAAAAUCCAACCUGGCAUGACAGUGAGAAUUUGAACUAUGGCAUGCAAAUUACUAGGUUAAAUUCACCAGAUGGGGAACAUUUGGCUUUCGCAGACUUAAUUCCGCAAAGAUACCCAGCUGAUCAGAAAGAAGCAAAUUUAUUUCACCCGAGCCAAAGAGGUCCCUGCUGUGCUGGUGGCUCCAUAGGGCCCAAGGACAAUCCACUUGCUAUACAAGACUACACUACAUCCUUUGGUCUUGCACCAGGGGAGAACCAAGACACCAGUCCUCUAUAUACAGAAGGUAGUCAUACUAAGCAUGCAAGACAUAUCAUCUCCCCUACAAGCAUCCUACCUGACCGAAGAAACAGCUCAGAGAAGAGGCUGCCUGGGGAAAGCCAAAACCCAAGUCGUUUUAGAGAUGAUGUGUCCACUCUGAGGAGGAACACACCAUGUUCUAUAAAUAAUCAACUGGGUCAAAGGGGAAUGAUGCCUUUUCCUGAAACCAGCUCCCUUCAAAUGAAUACGCCAUGUCUCAAAAGUGAUCUUGGCGGAGAUGAGAACAACAUUAUGGAACAAAUAUUUGAAGACAACCAACCCAAUGAAAGAACUGUUAACCUCACCCCUGAGCAACUUGUUAUAGGUACCCCUGAUGAAGAUCCUAAACCAGAAGCAAUGCAAAGUGAAGUCCUAGAAAACGAGGGUGAGAGGCAGCAACAAAGGCCACCUAGCAUCCUACAGUUACCAUGCUUUGGCAGAUUAGCAAAGCAUCACUUCUCUGGCACUGGAACUCCAUCUAGCAAUGGAAGGCAAGGCCCAUUUGAUGGGGAUUCAAUUAUGCCUACUGAAAAUCCUAACACAUUGGCUGAGUUAGCUACUGGGGCACAAUUCAAUAGUGUGAAUGUAAACACACUUAAUGCAGGUGAGCACACUCCAUUUGAAUCCAAUCCACAGGACCAGAUACAAGACUGCUUAUUACUUCAGGCUUAG